CAAAAAGUUUCCUAGAACAUAAUCACACAGUAUGGUGCUUUCUCCAAUUAUCAAAAAUAGACUAAUGAGCAUGGCAUAACAAUUAUUAAGAAAACCAAGAACAUUUGUGCGUUCACAUGUAUAGUGUUUCUCUCGAGCAUAUAUGUGUAUUAGGUAAGUGUAUCACUCAAUCUGCACACAUUGAAACAACACAAUGCAAUUUUGAUUUUCAUCUCUAAAGAAAUAAUAUCACAGACAUCAAGAGAUCACAAGGUCUUCAAAUGGUUGUAACUUACUGGACUAGAAAGAACAUUGGUUCUUCUAGAUAAUCAAAUUAACACCACUUGAGAAGAGGAGAAAUUUUUUUUUUUCAAGAUUCAUUCAUCAUCUCCACUUUCUCAAGUAUAAGAACCACAGUAUCCAAAUUUUCAAGAAUCAGUCAUCACCCAUUGAGAUAAGAUUGUCAUUUUUCUUUUUCUUUUGCCUUUUUUUUUUUUUUUUUUUUUGACUUUGUGUUGAAUCUCUCCACCCGGAAGCUUGUUAAAAUGAAACCACGUCAAUUUUCACUAUAUCUGACAAAUUCCAUCCCUUUUAGUAACAAGUUACUUAACCCCAAUGAUUCACAUCAUCAUGUUUUCCUCUUCUCUAAGGUCUUUGUAGCUCAAGGGAAGAAAAACUCAUUUAUUGGAUCAAGGGGUUUAAACAAGGAUAAAGAAGUUGUCAAGGUAGCUUUUUGGCUUAGUGGUUAGAAUUCACAACAAAGUGAACAAAUUGCCUUGAUCAUAUAUAUGCUCACAUGUGCAACCUAUGAACAAAUCUUCCUACUGUUUACUGUUCCAUCUUCAGGACUUCUAAAUGUUCUUUGAUAGUGCGAGAGUUAGAUGAGUGAGUUGCGGGAGCUUGGGAAGAAGAACCUGUUUUAGUAGAUGAUUGCUUAUCAAAUUUUUCAUAACAGUGUUGCAUGAUGUAACUGUGAUUAACAGCUUGGGAAGCCAUCCUGAGGCACUCAAAACAACACUUGUUAGUACUCACAACAUUAAAACAAAGACACCAUAUAUUACCAAAAUAAGUGCCUAAGUAAUCAAAAGAAAUGCAUAAGACUCAAUCCAACAGCCAAGAACAGCCAAAAGCAAGAAAUACAAAAAGGCGAAUUGGUCUAGACAAAAUAACAAACACAUUAUUGUAGUUUUGUGAAGAAUUAAUGGAAGAGAAUGAGAUAGAGAUGGAGAUUGGAAGGGUCCCCGUGGUUGAGUUUCUCAUUCAGUCUGCUGAACACCUCCAUGUUUCCCCCAUUGUUAAGUACUCUGCAUUCUCCUUCUUAGCCGAUCGCUUCUUUCAUUCUCUCCCAACCUUCAUACAAGCUGCUGGAGCUUCCUCUUCAAGCUGGCUAUUGCGACCUGUCACCGAGAGCACCUUGCAGCUGUUUGCGCUUAUUUCCCUGUGGAUUUCUACCAAAAUACACAAUUCUCGACCACUCUCCGUUGCAUCUUUCAAGUCCUUGGCUCACACUUUCAUCAAGGACCAGCACUUCACUACUCGGAAUUUCCUUGAAGCAGAGGUCCUCUUCAUGCAGGUUUUGAAUUUUGAGAUUGGUACAUCAAAUAUUGCUUUUUUCUUCCUUGAAGACCUUUGGGUUCAGUUCAAGGGAGUGGCCAGAGUUGGUGAAUUAAUUAGCAUUGAAGUUUGCAUGGAUAUUAUGGAUCUUCUCUAUGAAAAAGAGGAGAUGUCGGUUCAUUUUAGGUCCCCUAAGUCCCUUGCUGCGUCAAUCUUGGUUACGUCAUACGUAAUCACGGUCCCUAGACAGAAAUGGGAGUUUCCUCUUCUUGCAUGGGUAAAUUUUGUGACCUCAUGUAAGGAAGAUGAUAUCACAAGAUUGGUGACCAAGAUUCUCAAGCAUGUUCUUGGCCCUACUUGAGAUGAGUAGGUGGCGGCAAAAGAAAUUAGUCAUUCAGGAUUGCAGAAGAGUUUGAGGAUAAAUAUGUAGCAAUAUCAAAGAAGAACAUUCAAAAUCCAAAACAUGAAGAGAUAGUACUCUUCCAUUCGCCAGUGAGUAAUGGAAGACAUUGUGCUACAUGUGACCAGCUAUUAAGCUUCAAUUACUUGCAAGUGGGUUCUGUCUUUCUUUUUA